AUAGCGCGCUGGCCUCCGUAGCAGCUGACGACAGUCGUGGCGUGCAUCAUCGCGACAACGACGUCCGCCCGCGUGUUGUUUGGUGUUUUGGGGAAAAAUACACGGAAAACUUCUUCUGCCAUAGGCAGUAGCAGCACGGUCGGCACCGGUUCACCCAGUAAAAGCAUAAACAGGUGAUGAGUUGUUCUGCUUGUUCAACAGCAAAGAUGAACGAUUCCAGUAAAACAGUAAUAGUAUCUCCGAACCAGACAGUGUAUGCGUUCCAGUUGGUGUCCCAAGCUGUUGUUUCGUAAAGUUUAUGUAGUGUAAGAUACGUCAAAAAUGUGCCCAAAAACAACGCAAGCAAUCGUGCAGUAGUAGAUCAGCAGUGUAGUGCAGUGUGUGCGCGUGAGUGUUUAGUGCUAAUCGAAGACGAAGUGUCCAAAAGUAGCACGUAGCGUGGUUUGACAACAAUAUUCUCGCUAGUACGCUAGUGGUUCGUGACAAAAGUAUCCGUUCUGUGUGUGUUUUUUCAUCGUGUGCGUUAAGAGUUCGCUGAUAGUGGAAAACAGAAGCUAAACACACUCUGAUACGAUAGAUACCGAGCGGCAGGACUCGAUCGCAGUACGGUGGUGUGAGAGUGGAAGGCGAGCAGCAGCUCAGCCAUCGCCAUGCCAUCGGAUACGCCACCGCCAGCAGCAACAACGGUGCCGCAUUCGUCACCAUCCGCUGGACACGAACAGCAGCAGCAACAGCAACAGCAACAGCAACAACUACAACGCCAGGAAGCCGGUACACCCGGUAACACGGAAGGACCCGGGCCAGCGCACCACAACUCGUCCAGUUCGUCCUCCUCCUCCAGCUCGUCCUCAUCGAGUUCGUCUUCCUCGUCCUCGCUGUCAUCGCUCUCGCUGAAACGUUCGCUCCUGCCAACGACGAUCGACAACGAUCCGCAGCAGCAUCACCAGCAGCAGCAUUCGAACGUCGUCAAAGCAUCACCUCCCUCGUCACCACUCGCAAUGGAGCAUCAUCACCAUCUCGGCAACAAGUCGGCCGCCAGCAGUCCAAUCCCUCCAAUGGCCCCCGGUAGUAGUGGCCGACCACAAUCGCGCACGCAACAGCAAGCGUCAUCACAACAACACUUGAGCCCUGGAGCCGAUCACAUCGCCGGAGGUGCCAGUUCACCGACAGGGGGUGCCGGCAGCGGUAGUGGCCAACAGUUCUGUCUCCGCUGGAACAACUACCAAACGAACCUAACGAGCGUGUUCGAUCAGCUGCUGCAGAGUGAAUCGUUCGUCGAUGUGACGCUCGCUUGCGAUGGCCAAUCGAUGAAGGCGCACAAGAUGGUCCUGUCCGCCUGCAGUCCCUACUUCCAGACGCUCUUCUUCGAUAAUCCGUGCAAACACCCGAUCGUGAUCAUGCGAGACGUCAGCUGGUCCGAGCUGAAGGCGAUCGUGGAGUUUAUGUACAAGGGCGAGAUCAACGUGAGCCAGGAACAGAUCGGCCCGCUGCUCAAGGUGGCCGAAAUGCUCAAGAUCCGGGGGCUGGCCGAUGUGAACGGUGAUACGGCCGGUCCGGGUGAGGUGGCAACGGAUAGUCGCUCGGGAAGCCGCGGCCCAGGGCUCGAUCUCGAGUCGGAAGCGGUACGUGAAGCGAAACUCAUCAAUCCGCUAGCGAUCGUACACAGCUCGCUGCUGGCGAAUGGCAGUGGAGGAGGACCGGCCAGUACGGCAACGAGUGGCGCCGGAAGUGGUUCAUCAGCAGCAGGAGCGUCGUCAUCGGGAGCCGGAGUGACGGCGACGAAUGCUGCCAAGAAGCAACGAUCACCGCGCGACCGCGACUCCACCAAAGAGCACCAGCACCGGCUAGACGUUGGCCAGUACGGACCGGGCAACGGUGGUGGUGGUGGUGGUGGUGGUGUGCGGGAUUUGUCCCGCGAAACGCAUCUUUCGCCACGCGAUCUGAACAGUGUAGCGGCUGCGGCAGCAGCUGCAGCGGCUGCAGCAGCCGCAGCCGGCGAGUGGCCACUGGGGGCGGCCGGUUUGGAGGCCGCUGCUGCGGUCGCUGCCGUCCAAGCGUCCACCCCGAAGAGUGCCCGGAAGCGCCGGUGGCCCUCGGGUGAGCGGAGCAGCAUCGGAAGUCCGGCAGACAGUGCCGGUGGACCGGAUCCGGGGCACGAUGUGCCUUCGCCCAUUCCACCCAACACGUCAGCUACGAUCGCACAAUCGAGCGGUGGUGGCGGUGGUUCGAGCAACUCGCUCGCCUCCUUCCCUCUUCCGCCGGCCCUCGAUACGGCCGCCAUGUCCGCAAUGUCGUCGCUUUCCUCCUCGAUCACCAACCAACAUCCGGACGAUAUGGAGAUCAAACCGGGCAUCGCCGAGAUGAUUCGCGAGGAAGAAAGGGCUAAGCUACUGGAAAACUCUCAGGCAUGGCUCGGUGCAUCGACAUCAUCAAUCGCUGCGGCAGAAAGUUACCAAUACCAGCUGCAGUCGAUGUGGCAAAAGUGCUGGAACAGCCAGAACCUCAUCCAUCAUCUGCGCUUUCGCGAGCGGGGCCCGCUGAAGUCGUGGCGCCCGGAAACGAUGGCCGAAGCCAUCUUCAGCGUGCUGAAGGAGGGCCUCUCGCUGUCGCAGGCCGCCCGCAAGUACGACAUCCCUUAUCCGACGUUCGUGCUGUACGCGAACCGCGUCCACAACAUGCUCGGACCGUCGAUCGACGGUGGGACGGAUCUGCGACCGAAAGGGCGCGGCCGACCGCAGCGCAUCCUACUCGGCAUCUGGCCGGACGACCACAUCAAGGGCGUCAUCAAGAGUGUCGUCUUCCGCGAUGCCAAAGAAAUGAAGGAGGAACCGCUGAUGUACGGAAGACACUCUCCUUUUCCCUUUCAAGACAACCCCCUGAGCUACGCCUCGAACGCCCCGAACGGUCAGCUGCCGAACGUUGGCACCGGUGCCGGCUCCUCGGUCCCGGACGGCAUGUCACCGGACGCACUGACGGCCGCAACGGUGGCAGCUGUCCGCCAGCAGAUGUGCAACAUGGUGGCCGCCGCCCAGCACCAUCCCGAUGCGGCCAACCUGGUGGCGGCCGCUUCCGGCUUCAACUUACCGUCCCACUGUGCGACUCCCUCGAGCCUCAGCAUCCAUCCGGCGGCCAACGCAGCGGCCGCCGUUGCAGCAGCAGCCGCCGCCGCAGCCGCCGCAUCCGGUCCGAGUGGUUCCUCCACCGGUGGCGUCUCGACCACCGGCAGUGGGUCCAUCCCGGUACCAAAACUCGGCUCACCGGCCGUCCCUUCGUCGGCCGGCGGUCAUGGAAGCAACACGGUUGGUGGCGGUGGUGGUUCCGGUGGCCUACAAAUCCCACGCCACGGAUCGCCGGCUAGUGCGAGCGCGAAGGAGCACGAACUACAGCAACAGCACGGUGCCGGACGAUCGGUCUGCGGAUCGCCACUGUCCCGUGGUACUCCGCCCGGUGGUGGACGCUCCGGUGGUGGACGAUCGUUACACGGUACUGCGGCCUCAUCCUCGACAUCAUCUGCCGUUAAUCAUCUUCAGCAUCAUUCUCACCAAACGGCUCACCAUCAACAUCACCACCACCAUCAUCAGCAGCAGCAGCAGCAACAUCCUCAUCACCCGCCAGGACAGCAGCAGCAUCCGCUUCAGCAUCAUCCGCAGCACCACGGCCACGGCGCACUCCAUCAGCAUCCGCUGGCACAUCUGGUCGGUUCGGCGGUCAGUUCCGCCGGUGGUCUCAGCAUAACGAAGCUUGGCUCACCGGGAUCGGCGCACGAUCUGCGCAUCAGCAGCAGCAGCCCUCAGGACGAUCGUAGUCCACUGGCGUCACCGAUCACCGGCAGCGGCGGUGGCGGACUGGUACUGGAACCGGCCGUCAACCUGGCACUCGGUGCCGCUGGUCGCCAAACACCGGACGACGUACGCAGCCUUGUACCACCACCGUACCGCAGUAAACCGCCAUCUCGUGGUGGUGGUGGUGGUGGUGGAGGGGCUGGUUAUGGUCCCGGUAUGGGCGGUGGUGCCGGCGCUGGCACCUCACCACCACGGCCAGAGCAUCUCUUCCAGGAUCCGGACAUAGCGGCACUGGUCGCACGCGGCUGUCCAACGAGCACGCGCACCGCCAACACUACCACCACCGACAGCUACAAGGAAACGGCGUCCGAUGUUCGGCGCCCACCGCCGGCCACCAUCAAGCUGGAACCGCUGACCGAGUGCCGGGGUGACUAGAGGCCGCAACCAGCGCAGUGCGGUAACAACCGUCCGCCCCCCCCCCUCAUUAUGCUCAGUUCCAACGAUUCAAACUAUGUGAUAUGUAUCUGAACGCAGCGGUGCAACGACGGCCAACGGGCGCUGUUCAGCCAGCCAGUCAGCGGUCCGCGGCAUCCCGGGAUCCGGAUUUUCCUACGAAACAACUUCCACUUCCAUCUACUUAGCGUAGGCACCAGGCGGGCAGGAGAGAGGCGUGAGGGGUAGAGUGAAGGAAAGCGGGGGGCGCAGUAACAGUAUUUAUAUUUUUUUCGGGGGUUUUUCAAGGCAGAAAGACGGGGCGAAGAGAGGAUGCUGAGGGGAGGCUCAGCUGCGAGCAACAACAACAACGUGCAAUAUACGGGGCUUAAUCAGGGGAUGGCGGUGAGUGGGAAAUGGUCAGCGAGCCCAACAUUCCAACCAGACACUGGGAUACUCCCUUUCCUAGAAGGUCCAGCUCAAGAUGCCGAGCCCAUUACCAGACCGGGAUUUAGAUUGGACAGCCUACUCCUUGCGUGCUGAUUUCGUUCCGUUCUGUCGAGAUGAAAAAUCGAGGAAAACCUAGAAAGAAUCGCAUUGGAGACGAAUUGUGGUUCGGAUUGAUCAUUCGGCGCAUCUAACGUAAGCUGGAACGACGAAAACCAACCUACAACAAACAAACAUUUGUACAAACAAAAGGCAUAAGAAAAAAGUAAAUGUUUUAACAAUUCGAUGAACGAAGUUAUAGAGAGGCCAUCGGCAGACUUCUUGGGAGGGGGAAUGUGC